AAUUUCACUAAUUUAAAGAGGAUUAAAUCCAAAGCAAAUGUGAACUAAAACCAACAUCAUCAACCACUGCCGUUUCCAAUGAAAAAGUGCAAUGCAAUGGUUCACAUAAUGAAACAAUGAUUGCGCUGUAAUUUAUCAAAGCCAAACUCAUUUAUCAUUGGUGAAGUUGGUUGUCGCAUUCGGUUUUGCCCCACACGUACGACCAGAGGUGAUCGAUUGGAUCGUACAGCUCGUUGCCGCCGCUUAACCGUGUUUAUCGAUAAUUUUCAUUAGCUGAACUUUACAGAAACUCACAGCUUGGCAUAGAGAAACUCUCAUGAAAAAAAUGCUCGGUCGGGCACUUAUCUCCACCUCAUUGUGCCACCACUCUUUUCUCGUUUGGAUUGUGCUUACAGCUCGAAACGAUUGGUGUGGAUACGUUCGAUCUCGACAGCAUUGUGCACUGGACUACAUUCGAAUCGCAACAGCAACGUCCAAUUCAACUGGUAAUAUCAUAACUUAAAAACCAUAGUCAAUUUCAUGUGAGACAUUUCCCCACGUAUUCCACACAAUCGAUCCGUCGAUCUAACUCUCUUGCACGCAUGGUACGUUGAAUGCGGUGUUCAUCGUUUGAUUCGCUCUUUCCACGGUCGCAUCGCUGUAUGAUUCGCUUCCAGUGAGUCAACUGAAGGGGGAAUGUAAAAUGUUUAUAACACGUUCGAAGGCUUGCUUUACCGUGUUUCCACGUUAAUCGAAACCUAUUUCUGAGCGAUCUCAGUGUGUCCGCGCCUUGUGCAUGCAUUCCCAUCACCAUAGCAUACCGAACACUGUGUGCUGUGUGCGUGUAUGUUAUUUUGUAAAGAAACAACAAUUCCAUUCUCCGUCGCACUGCGAUCAAGAUCGAAUUUCAAUUUCGAGCGCCAUAGGCUUGAGAGUUGUGUGUAGCGCUCAUUUUUCUCAGUUCGUCUGAUGCUCUUCGCACAUUUGGUCGAAUUUUUUGGUACGUUCUGUGCACGAACGCGUUGGUUUCUUCAUCGAAAUAAAUUGAUAGUUUUUUUUUUCUGAAUUGUUAUUAAAAUAUCAAAGUGAAGGCGUCUUCUGUGUCUACCACAAAGACAACGAUCCUCGGUAACCAAGUGAACAAAAACCGAUUAUUUUUCGACGACGAAAAAAAAACAAUCAAAAGACUAAAGACCGUAAAAUAUCGAAUAAAAUUAUUCCCAUUCAAAAGAUUUGGAUAAAAAACAGAAAAAAAGUCCACGAAUUGAGUCAAACGUUUUAUUUGAAGUGGUGACAAUAAUAUUUGAACUCAUUGGCUGCUUCACCAUUUUUGGACAGUUUAGUGAAUUUUGUGAUGUGAUUUGGUGCGCGGGCGUCAUUUUUGGUCAAUGAGAAAAAAAAGGUCAUAAUUUAUGCGCGAAAAGAAAGAAGAUUAGCAGCGACUCAGCGACAACUGAAAAAAAAGAACUCCAAAAAGCCAGAAAAAUUGUUUUGUCGUCAUUAAAUUUUGUUGUUGUGCGCUUUCCAAUUUUGGUCUUAUUGACAACAGAAGAAAUAGAUAUUUCAAAGUGGCAAAGAGACAGACACAGUGAUUCGUGUUUCAGAAUCCACGAGAAAAAAAAACGAACCACUCUUCACGGAUCAUCAAAAGAACACUGACUCUUUAAUGCAUUUAAAUGUGAUAAAUAGAGACGAUAAGGACAAGAACAACACGAAACAUAUUAUUUGCGUGGCAAAAACAAAAGAAAAAAGUGUUGGAAAAUAAAACAAAAUAGUGACAACAGUUUAAGUCAUCGUGUCAGCUGAGUAGCUACAAAAUAGAUUGCCACACCGAUUCUAUUUUCAUCGAAGUCGACAAAGAACACACACAAACAGCAGAAAGAGAAAAAAGAAUUACCAGCGACAAGGAAUAAAGGCAAAUAGACAGUGUGUGUCUCUCUUGCUGACUUGAUUUGUUCGUCCUUGCUUAAUCAAGCGAACCGGUUGCCAUAUAAACGAAAAGUGCAUGUUCGUCGUUAUGACUACAUUUUUUCACAGCCCAUAAAAACGCAUAAAAUAGCUGAGUGAAGCAACCGAGAGCACAAACUGAAGAAUUAGCCCCAACAAAUCGAUCAGAGAUCCGCGAAUACCUUAAAGGAAUGAACAGAAACUAUUCAAUGUAUGUUUGAUAUGGACAUUUUUGUGUUUCGUCUCUUUUUUUUCUGCUGUUCGUAUCGUUUCAUUCCCGCGUUUCGUUAUCAUUUCUGCGAUUGCAUAUUUUUGCGGCGGCCUGGUAACUGUAGUGAGACUCUUUGAAUUUGAAUGCAUUUGUGGAAAAGGGGAAAAAAGCAGCAACAAAUCGAAAAACGGUAGUUCGUAGUCAUCUAAAAGGCAUGUACUACAACAAACGGCAGUAGCAAUACUUGAAAUCGAGCAUCAUCCGAAGCAGCAGCAGCAACGGUAGUGGAACUUUUUUUCCGCUCUUCAAUCUCUAUCUCGCUCGUAAUAUCGUCCAUCUCGGGGAUUUGAAGUGUAACAAGCACCAAGAAUUUUCGUUCCUUUUGAUGCUGUCGUACUGUGUGCUACUCGAUGUCUAUUUACUUUGUUUCUGUUCUUGUUUGUCGUUUGCAUGCGCAACCAAUGCUAAAACGGACAAGUGAUAUAAAUAUGGUGAUCAUAAAUUAAAAACGACUUGUGGUAGACGAGUUCUUUUGAAUUUUGCAGUGCAAGAGACUUUUGCGACAGGCCGAACGUGUACGAGUGAGCACGGUGUACAGAAGAUUGCGGCAAGCGGGUGCAUGUACAAGUGAAUUCUCGUGAAAAAUUGCCAACGCACACACACAAACACACAAAUAGACACAUUUCUUAUGCUAGUUUUGUGUGUUAUCUUUCUAUUUAAUAGUGCAAAUUGAACAUGAUUUUUGCAAUUGCCGUCUCUAUUUCUGUACGUGUCGUUUUUUACCACCGUGGACUCUAAACUCAUUCACAACAAAACUGUUGGAAUCAAAGAAGGGAAAACUGUUUUUCUGCUGUUUUUCUUCUUCAUCUAAAAACCAAGAACGACUAGACUCAAAACAUUUGAGAGAACAUCGACGAAAUUACGACAGUCACAUAAAAAAAAGUGCAUCAAAUACGUCUCGUUAAUUAAAAAGAACACUUGAGAAGCAACAAAAAAGAGACACUUGAACAGACGUUGAUUUAGAAAAUUCGCGUAAAAAACACGCGAGAGAAUCAGUUUUUUGCGGACGAUUUUCAUGAAGCGAUUGGCGUAAAUUGCGUGAGUCAGAAACGACAACGACAAACAGCAUUAUUCAUUCAGAGUAAAUUUCAUCCGCGUUUUUGUGAUCCACGUCCAGAAAGAAUUCAACGAGCUAAGGUUUCGAACGCGAUUGGCCAGUAAUUGAAUAAACAAAUGAUCAAUUCAUACAAAUACCAUCAAUACCAAUUCCACCAUCAUCCACAGCACUCGAUUGUGCAUCACACAAAGACAAACACAACGAUGGGCAAAAUGAAGCAUAAUUCAAAAUCACAAGCCAUAUCGGUGACCGAAAUUGCCGAUCAACCCAAUGAAAAGUAUUCGUUGCGGCAACGACAAAAACGUUCUACACGAAAUACCAACAAACAAACCGAAAAUAGUACAAAAACAACCGAACAAUCGAACGCGGCCGAUCAAUCGAUGGAUCCGGCAACAGCAACACCACAAACAUCAACACAACAAACGAAAAGUAAUAAUAAAAAAAGUGCGGCAAAAGCAAAAUCCAAACAAAAGGCAGCACCAUUAAGUAAAUAUCGACGAAAAACGGCAAAUGCCCGUGAACGGAUUCGAAUGCGUGAAAUAAACAGUGCAUUCGAACAUCUUCGUCAAUGUGUACCGGUGUCAUUUGGUGACAAUAACCCGACUCAAUGCAAUGAGAAAUUAACAAAAAUCACCACACUUCGCAUGGCCAUGAAAUACAUUAGCACACUCAACGACAUCCUCAACUCAUCCGAAACGGACUGCGAUACAACACUAUUGAAUAAUAUCAUUAACAAGAGCACAAUGCAACCAGCGCCAACGAGCAGCACGUACAUGAAUAAUAACAAUGACAGUAUGGCUAUAAAUAAUAAUACCGCUGAUGUGGAGACGAAAACGGUUUCGGGUAAAAGUAAGCGAAAAUCGAAAAAAUCGACGGCAACCACCACCACCAAGGCCAAUAAAACCAUAAGCAAACGAAAAACAACAAAAACAAAAGCAACUACAAAGGCGGCGAGUAAAAUGACGCAGAAAAAUUCAGCGAAAAAGGCACAAAUGUAUGAGCCAAUGCCGAAUAACAUCAGCACUUUGUGUCUAACACCACCAUCAUCCGCAACAGAUAGUCCAAUUGAUUUAGGUUUAAUGCUCGAAUCGGAUGGAGAAUCAUUGCAUUUGUCUGAACCAUGCCUAAGUCCACCGCUGUCCUCAACACAAUCCACAAAACCGUUCAUCAGCACAAUGCUUUCACCUCCACCGUCGAUGACAAUGUCGAGUGGCCUCGACAUCGGGCUAUUCCUUGACUCGGACACAGAUUCAUUGCAUUUCCCCGAACCAUGUCUCAGCCCAUUGGACGGUGGAUUCGAUGCAUUCAGCCCAUUUGGUGAUUUAUUGAAUCCAGGCUUCCCCGAACAUUCAUCGCUUGACAUUUACUUAACCUAGAUUUAUAGCUCCCGAAAAUUAUCGUAUAUUUUAAGAUUUUUUUUUAGUGUAAAUUCAGACAAACCAGACAUUAUUAUUUAAGUGUAAAUCAUUCCUGCGAAACCCAAUUAUUUCUCAUGUGUCAUAUUACUUUAAGGCGAAGAGGUGCUAUUUUCCUAUACACUGUAAAGUUUGUUUUUAAACGUUAUUCAAUUUCGUGCGAAUUUCUUCUUUUCUGUUUCGGUUAAGUGGAACGACAAUAUGAGUAGAUGUUUAUUGUCGGUAGAUUAAACGAUAAGAGUGUAGCUGUUAAGCUGAAGGGGAGAAUUUCCGGUGCAAACAAAUAAAAAAUGUGCAAACUUUUCAACGGUGUGAAACAACGUGUUGAACAGGAAAUGUUUUGUCAUCUGAUCUUUGACGAUAGAAACCAGAUUUAUAGAUUUUGUAUAAUUUGUAGUCGACUACAAGACGCCAGUUGAGAUAUAUUUAUUCAUAAAUUUAUAUGCGUUUUCUUUAUUUUUAUGUCGGAUUGUUUUCUUUUUUUAUUGUCUAGGGACUUCAUAUUCUGAUUCAGAAUGUCUCAAUAACUAUUUCUGGAUUAAUUGAUUCGAAAGACAUUUAUACUCGAAACAGCAGAAGAAAUCGCUCGUUUUGUGGACCAUUACUCGUAAACUAUUACGGCUAUAAAUUGAGUGUAAAAUAUUUUUGUUCGCUUUUUAUAUGCGCCUGGUUAAAAUUAAAAUGUCUUUGGAAUACAUUAUUUGACAUGAUAUACAUUUCGGGAAAUUUGUUCACAAUUUUCGACAAUAUUUCAAAUGCCACGUAAUAAAUUUGUUUGUUUUUUUCGGUGCUUUCGGGUAAAUGACCCAUUUUAAAAAUAAAAUCAUUCACUCGCUUCACUUCAGCUACUGAUGUUGAGCGAGUAAAAUGCAAAUCGUGAUGCUCUCUAUACACGGUCUCUCGUCCACACGGACGACACACAGAACCAUCGUCGAAAAGAACAUUACGUACAUAAAAGCCUCAAGUGGAGUAGCUCGUAAAUUCUAUCUCGUGUGCAUUUGCUUAGGACAUAUAUAUUAUCGUAACGUUAAAUUAUUACUGCACACACAAAAACAAUAUACAUUUUGAAAUGCAUACAAUUUCGCAAUAUUUAGUUGGAUAUUAUAUUUACCAUAUUUAUGUGCUGAAACUUAAUUAAAUGCUCGGAUUUUUAAGAAGAAGAAGAAGAAAGAACAACAUCAUACUACACACAUAUCGUUGUACUUUAAUUGUUUGUAUUAGUUUUUAAGUGGUGUGAUGUUUACGAAGCAGAACUUCUGCUAAGAAUAAGGCCCUUUUUUUUCAAUGAAAUCGAGAUUGUUUUUUUCUUUUCUUUUUUUCUGCAUAUUUUUACGGAAUAAAUUUUCAAUGAUUUUUUUUCUCAAAA